AUGCCACGGGGGAAACAGACUGGUUUUCGAGCGCAACGGUUUGAACGGAGGACUACCGCGAAGAGAAAUCGGAUUGAAGAAGAGCCAGUGGAUAUCAGGUCUGAUUCUGAGGAGACACCCAACCCCUCAGCAUCGGCAAAACAGGCUAAGAGGGUGCGAUGGGGAGGCAGUGUUGGCACCUCUGAGGAUACCGAAGAUGAGGAAGACGACAAUAUGAUAACUAACGGUGUCAAGAUAUGUUUAGCUGCAUCGUGUCAAUUCGGCAGAAUUGGAUGCGCAUACUAUGAUCCAGUAAAAUGCACGAUACACGUUUUCGAAGACACUCAAGAGAACAAGCACUUCGAUUUGACGAAGAUGAUACUUGGACAAGCUAGUCCAGACAUCGCUCUCACCAGUUCGAAGGCAGAUGAUAAUUUCAUGAAUAUUCUCCGCGAUCAUAUGGGUGCUUCCGGAGGUACAUUCCAGAUCAGACCUCACAAAGAUUUCUCUACAAUUAAAGGUCGCGAUCGAGUCUUAUCUUUACGCCUUCUCGCGGAAUUACCCAUGGACAACUUUGAUUCUCGUAUCACUUCUGACCCUGGCUCAGUUUCUGAGCCAAGAAAUGCGUAUGAUUUUAUGCGCAGUAGGGGACAGGCAGGAGUGGACCCCACUAUGCAAUGUUGGAAUGCCUCCAUCCGUCUGUCGAACUACGCAUCUCUGGAGGGAUCGCCUCUCUGUCUUGGCUCAAUUGGGGCGCUACUUGAUCACCUCGCUCGAGUACGCGCGGUCGGCAGCCUUGAGGACGAGGGCGUUGGAGGUUUAGAGGUCCGCGGAAUUGAAGCACUCACGCUAGAGCAGACUAUGCAGAUCAACGCAGAUGCCCUUUUCUCGCUGCAGAUCUUCGAGGAUGAGACGCACGCGUCGAUCCACUCGGACAAGACGAAGGAAGGGCUGUCGCUGUUUGGCAUCCUGAACAAUACCAAGACGACUCUAGGCCGCGCCAUGCUGCGUGAAUGGCUUCUCCGCCCGUCCAUGAGUUUGCCCAUCAUUAAUGCGAGGCACGAUGCUCUUGCGUGUUUCCUGCGGCCGGAGAACCAGGUGACUGCGGAUGCGAUGCAUACUCAUCUGAAGGGGAUCAAGAAUGUUCCGCGCAUCCUUGCAGCCAUGCGAGCUGGGCGGGCCAAGGUGUCGGACUGGCAGGGUCUUGUCAAGUUUACCUUCCAUACCUUGAUGCUGCGAGAUGCGCUGUUUGAGCUAGCUCAUGCAAGCAGUGUUCCGAUUGUCAAGCGACUUAUUGAAGCCUUAGAUGUUGCGAGCUCCAAGGAGGUUGGGACAGCAGUAAAUGAAACUGUUGACUGGGAAGAAUCAGCGAACGCAGGUCGCAUUUGUGUGAGACCACACAUUGAUGAAGAGCUGGAUAGGCUCAAGCACAUCUACAACGGUAUUGAUGCCGUCCUUUCAAGAGUCGCGCAGAACGUAUCAGCCAAGGUUCCUCCAGACUAUGCCUCGACCUUAAAUGUUGUAUAUUUUCCUCAACUCGGGUUUCUCGUCUGUGUGCCGAUGCUGGAAGAAUGGAAGACAGAGCAAGGGAUCACUGUCUUGGAUGGCUGGAGCUUCCAGUUUUCGUCCGAAUCUCACGUCUACUUCAAAACAGACGAGAUGCACGACAUGGACAAUCAUAUCGGCGACCUGCAUCCCUCCAUUGUUGACCGGGAAAUAGAGAUCGUGCAAUCUCUCCAGGAUAGAAUACUGGUAUAUGAUGAACAUAUGGGCCAUGCAUGCGACGUAUGCGCGGAACUGGACUGCCUUCUAUCCUUUGCGCAAGCUUCCCGUGCAUGUGACUACAGGCAGCCACAGAUGACAGAGGAUAAUAUUCUAGAUAUCAAACAGGGAAGACAUCCCUUACAGGAGAUUGUCGUGGAUACUUUCGUUCCAAAUGAUGCGUUCCUAGUCGGUGGCGCCGGAGUCGAUUCAGAUGUUCCUGAAUAUCUGAGCGAGAUUAACUCGGAUGAAAUUGAACGCAGGCAGGAACAAAAUAGCAUCAUCAUAUGCACAGGCGCGAACGCCUGCGGCAAGAGUGUUUACCUCAAACAGGUUGCGCUGAUCCAGUACAUGGCACAGAUCGGAUGCUUCGUCCCAGCCGAAUCUGCGACCCUCGGCGUGGUCGACAAGAUUUUCACGAGGAUCCAGACUCGAGAGUCGGUCUCAAGAGUGACUAUUUCUACCUCUUGCGUCAUGUGGCUUGCUCGACUGAACUGGCUGCACGCGAAUACUAUUAACCAGGUCCAGUCUGCGUUCAUGAUCGAUCUGAACCAAGUGAUGCUCACGACACGCAAAGGUAAGCUGCUGGGUGCAAGUGCAGGCGCGGAGGAGACAGAAGACGAAGCCGACGACGAGGCAGACACUAUAGUUGACGAGGAGGAACGCGCUACGCUGGCGCCGGGCGAGCGCAUCACCUAUCUGUAUCGAGUUGCAAAGGGUCUGUCACUGGACUCGCAUGCCGCUCUUUGCGCGGAAAUCUUCGGUGUCCCGCGGCGCGUUGCACAGCGGGCUCGACACGUUAGCAAGCUACUGGCGAUGCAUGCGCUGGGGCAGCUGUUGGAUGAGGAGAUGGGCGAGGAAGAGCGAAAGGACUUGCAGGAUGCAGAGGAUGUGUGUAGGCGGUUCCUCGCAUGGGAGCUGGACCGGUAUGCGCGUGGAUCCGGGAACGAAGAUCAGGAUGAGAGUGACGGUGUCAAGUCGGUAUUGGCCCAGGUGCUGGGGCGCGAGGUUGAAGAAUAA